AUGCCGGCAAUUAAGAAGCGCAAGAUCGCCCGUGAGGCGCCUCAACAAGAAGACCAUAGCGAUAGUGAGGCACACAGCUCUGCCUCUGAGGAUGCCGCCGCCAAUACUACUGAGCAAGAACAAGAACCAUCUGAAGCGCCUAAGCAGGUUCCAAAAUCUUUCAAGGAACUAGGCCUUAUUGAGCAAUUAUGCGAAGCCUGCGAUUCCAUGGGAUACAAGGCUCCCACCGCGAUUCAGGCGGAGGCCAUUCCUCUCGCUCUUCAGGGCCGCGAUUUGAUCGGUUUGGCUGAGACCGGUAGCGGUAAAACCGCAGCUUUUGCACUGCCUAUCCUCCAAGCCCUGAUGGAUAAGCCUUCUUCCUUUUUUGGCCUCGUCCUCGCGCCCACCCGUGAACUAGCAUACCAGAUCUCCCAAGCCUUCGAGGGUCUAGGAAGCACAAUCUCAGUAAGAAGCACGGUUCUCGUUGGAGGCAUGGACAUGGUAUCACAAUCGAUCGCACUAGGAAAGAAGCCUCACAUCAUCGUAGCCACUCCCGGCCGUCUGCUCGACCAUCUCGAAAACACCAAAGGCUUCUCCCUCCGCAACCUCAAAUACCUCGUUAUGGACGAAGCCGACCGUCUCCUCGACAUGGAUUUCGGCCCCAUCCUCGACAAGAUCCUGAAGGUGCUCCCCCGCGAGCGCCGCACCUACCUCUUCUCCGCAACCAUGAGCUCCAAGGUUGAGUCUCUGCAGAGAGCAUCUCUCCAAAACCCGCUUCGUGUCGCUGUCUCCUCAUCUAAAUUCCAAACCGUCUCCACCCUCCAACAAUCCUACGUCUUCAUCCCCCACAAACACAAGGACCUGUACCUGGUCUACCUGCUGAACGAGUUCGUCGGCCAAUCGUGCAUCAUCUUCUGUCGUACUGUGCACGAGACUCAGCGUCUCAGCUUUUUUCUGAGAUUGCUUGGGUUUGGCGCGAUCCCGCUGCAUGGCCAGCUUUCGCAGUCUGCUCGUUUGGGUGCGCUCGGCAAGUUCCGUUCGAGGAGUAGGGAUAUCCUGGUUGCGACGGAUGUGGCGGCUCGUGGUCUUGAUAUUCCCUCUGUUGAUGUGGUUUUGAACUUUGAUUUGCCUGGUGAUUCGAAAACUUUCAUCCACAGAAUUGGUCGUACCGCCCGUGCAGGUAAGUCGGGUGUGGCUAUUAGCUUCGCUACGCAAUAUGAUGUCGAGGCAUGGCUUCGCAUUGAGGGUGCGCUGGGAAAGAAGCUCCCUGAAUACCCCGCAGAGAAGGACGAGGUGAUGGUCCUUGCAGAGCGUGUAUCCGAGGCGCAACGCAGUGCUAUUUUGGAAAUGAAAAACUACGACGAGAAGAGGGGAAGUAGGGGCAAGAAGUUUGCCAAAGGAAAGCGGUCCCGAGAGGAUAUGGAUCAGGAAGAGGGCUAG